CUAUUUUGGAUAAAGUUUUGGUCGUUUUUAUUAUAUUCAUGUCUUCUCCUAUAAGUACUAGUGAUAGUGAAAAUUCACUCCCUUCAGUCAGAAGUCACUUGGGUGUUUUGAAAUGUAAAUGGGAUGAUUGUUCUUCAAGCUUUACACUUUUAAACGACUUAGUAAACCAUUUGCACGAAGACCACGUAGGUCGUAAAAAGGCAAAUUAUACUUGUGAGUGGGAUAGUUGUCCGAGAAAAGGUGCUACUCAAACCUCACGGUUUGCUUUGAUUACUCACCUAAGGAGCCAUACUGGUGAGAAGCCGUACGAUUGCAAAGAGCCGGGUUGCGAAAAAAGUUUUACGCGACCGGACUCGUUAACAAAGCAUAUGAAGAGCCAACACGUAGAUCCACGAAAGAAACGUAUCAUGGAAGAGGGCCCAAGAACAUAUAAAAAACGAAAAUUAUCAACGUCUCAGGAAGAUGAUGAUGAAUCUCAUACUUCUCAUAGUAUCCAAUCUAGUAGGCAACCGCGUUUAAACCAUAAUCAACAUCACAUUAUAUCACGACAGAGACAAAAUUCUUCUCGUCAACCUUCUGAAAGACCAAAACAACAGCCAUCUUCACGUCAGCAGUCUGAAAACCCUUAUAAUCCAAAUCGUAGUUACACAUCUGAUGAUGCUACUUCGGUAUCUGAAGUUUCAGAUGUAUCUUCAACUGAUGACGAUAAUGAUAAAGAUAAAUCUUUUUAUGAGAAAUAUCUUGUCUUAAAAGCUAAACAUAGAUAUAUUCGAAGAGAAAAUGAACUACUUUUAGAUGAAUAUCAAUCUACCAAAAAGAAAUUAAAGAGACUAAGAACGGAAAAGGACAUUCUUUUAGACGCUGUUGUGGCUCAAGAUGGUGAUGGUUAA